CCCUGCUACCGUUUUUUUAUGUUUGCGGACACGAGCCUCGUUUUGACCUAUGUAAGAAAACAGGACAAAAGCCAACUUGAAGUCUUCUUUCAGUACACAUUACCCCACUAGUAUUCGCUUUAAGGUUUGGCGUGUCUCAAGGGGAUGGACGCGUUGUCGGUGGUGAGCCAGCUGCGGGAUCUGGCAUCGGAGCCCCAGAACCGAGAGGCCAUCGUGCAGGACCAAGGCUGCCUCCCCGGGCUGGUCCUCUUUCUGGACCACCAGAGCCCCGAUGUGCUGCUUGCCACUCUCCAGACCCUCCGCUACUUGGCAGAGUUGUCGCCAAACAUUCCUACCAUGAAGAACGAGCUGGGGAUGAUGGUGAGCCUGGAGAACCUUGUGACGAGGGACGAGCUGUGUGCCGACAUCACGAAUUUGGCGAAGGAGGUCUAUGGAAUUCUCGUGGCGCCUCCUCUUCCUGUCCAUCGCACACCUGAGAGGCAGAGGACAAAAAAGUCACAGUUCUUCCUUAACUCAUCGAACAAGAAGGCCAAGUGUGUCACCUUGCACAUCCAGGGCCUGGACAGCGUUGACCAGCGAGGCUUGUGCGAGGAGGCUCUGCUCAAGGUGCGAGGAGUGAUCAGCUUCACUUUCCAAAUGGCUUCUAAAAGAUGCACCGUGCGCAUUCGCUCCGAUUUGCCCACCGAGAGUCUGGCCUCAGCCAUCGCCGCAACCAAAGUGCUGUCUGCCCAACAGGUGGUGAAGAACGAGGCAGGAGAUGAGGUCUUCAUCCCGCUGAGCGCCUCGGGAGCGGUGGCGCCCCGCGAUUCGGCCCUCCCGGACUACAUCCCCGAGGAUGAGGAGAAGCCGGAGGAGGCGACGGACCGCGCUGUAUCGCGCACCGCCGCCAAGGAUGACGCCAAUGGCAGCUGGCUCAACGCCGCCGCCGGUUUCCUCACCCGGACCUUCUACUGGUGACAGAGGGCGACUCGACCUCGCUGAUUCCUGUAAACAGCUCCAAACGUGUGCGCACGUUAUUUGACAUUUUCAUUUUUCCAGGGGCGUGAAAACCGUGCACUUGGUUCAUGUAAAUAUUUUGUUUUCGUGAUAUUUGACAUUUUUUAAACAUUCAAGAUUCUCCCUCAA